CCAAAGUCGAGUUAUCGGUACAUGUACGUCAUGCAUGACAUUAAACAUGUAACUGUGUGUAUUCUUGUCGUGCUUCAAAGUCAUCAGCAUAAAGCCAAAUUCCUACACGUGUGACGUAUUCAUUAUCCUACCUACUCCAUUGCUAUUCAUCAUGUCGGUCUUCAUGUGAUGCAUGCACGCAGCGCUGCAUCUCCCCCCCCCACCACUUGCACUUGCCCAGCCGGCGUUAAUUUCUAAGCAGCCUCUCUGUCUCAUUCAUCCAUGCAUGCAGAUGGAUUGCCAUUAUGCGUGAUUCAUGGUGAUUGUACCCAGCCCAUGUGGGGGGGGGGCGUUCAGGAGAUUGCCCUGAGGCAGGAUUUUGGUGACGAGGAGAAGAACCUGAUGACACAGAGAAAUUUGACGUCUUUAUGUGAGCUGUACAUUCCUGGUUGGCACAUUGAACCCAUUUCUGCUACUGAACGAUGCCUGGUCACAUCUCAAGUGACUACAAUAUGUGAUGGAUCAAGGAGUUCCAUGUGAGGUGAUGCGUUUACUUCAUGUGUUUGAGCAGGAGGAGAGCUGAUUGGGCAAGCCGUUAGCCAGACACCAUCUUGUUCAUGUUCACUCAUCCUUGACACCUGUGUUAAUCAUGUCCCACAGUGGUGGAUCAUCAAGAUCCAGCAGCAGGUCUAGUUCCCGCUCUGCCUCUGCUCACAAGAAAGAGGAUAGCUGGUACUCGCUGGUACCUGAGCAGGUUGAGCUGGUCUCCUCUCCCACACCUGCCAAGCGGCCUCUAGGUAGUCGGUCAUCUCUAGCAACUAGCAGCCGAUCAUCCUCACAGAGCUCCAUCCUGUCCAACACCAAUGCCAGCUCACCAAGCAAGAGAGCAAGGCCAGGCAAGCGCGAUACUGAUCCUAUCGCUGCCAUCGCUGCCGCUAAUCAAGCUCAAGCUGCCUCCUUCAAGCCUCCAGAAGAAACGUUCCACCUUCCCACUGUGGAUUUCACGGACAGUCGAGACUCGGGCCAUUUCGGUGACGCUCAGUUCAGCUCUGCCAUCAACGUGACUGGAGGCAUCACCAGGGAGGAGUACCCAUACUCUACUGAGGAAGAAGGGUCUGAGCUCCGCUACAGCAGCAGUGAAACGGACAUCCCCCUCCCUCAAUCCGAUGAGGGAGGAGGCACGCCCAGACCUGUGGAGGCUAGCAGUGGAGAGGAUGAGGUAGAACACAGGGAUCCUGUCAGACAGGCCAUUGCUGAGGUUUCAGCGGAGUUUGUAAGCGGGAAUCUGUCAGUGUCACUGUCUCAACACACACUGGAGGUGUCACCUGAUAAGGAAUCUGCUGGAACUUCUCGAGCAUCUCUGUCCACUAAGUCCGUGGAGACCAAGGAAGCUGAUUCAUCUAGGUACCUCAUAAAACAAACCCAAGACAUUCCAGAACUCACAUCACACUCCAUACAGAGCAUUCUUCAGUUAUCCGAUCAUCUCCUAGGAGACAGUUUGUCGUUACCAGAGAUUUCCUCAGAUCAGAGAUCAAGGUUGUCCAAGAGAGAUGAUAAGAAAUCAAUUCUACGGUCUGACAGCAGCCUGACAAAGGAUGGCACAGCUGGAAAGCAGUCAACAAAGUUAGUAAGUGGUGUUACAACAUCCCAACCACUGCAGGAGCCUGACGAGCUGAUAACAGAGGAUUCACUGUCUCAUUACAAAGCAACAAGCAUAAUAAGUGACUCCAUUGCAUUAACAGGCAAGAAACCAAAGUUCACUUCGACUCCGUACAAUCCCCACCAGGAUGAAGCCAUUACAGCUGUGUUGCUUUCAAAUGUUAAGCCUAUUGAUGGACCAAAAAAGGGUGCCAAGACAGAAAAGCCGGUAGCUGGUGAAAGCAGAACCUCAAUGUCUGCGACUGAAAUUGACAGGACGGUCUCAGCGGCAGGUACUUCUAGUAACAAAGGAGAAAGCUCGGGCAGCACCACAGGCUUCUUGAGUGAGGAUUCUAUCAGCCUGUCUCGUGAGGUAAAAAAUACUGCACCUCUCCGGGGUUCCCAUGUUCAGCUACCCAUUGAUCUGAACAACCUGGAGCCGGUCAACCUGACACCGGCUGUACUGAACAAGCCUGGAUCAGCUCCUAGCCUUUUGGCAACUGUGGAGGAACCUGAAAUGCUAACCAUGCAGAGCAAGAAGAGUCCAGUCAAGAAAGAAAGAUCCAGCAGUUCGUCAGGAAGUAGCGCUUCCUCUACGACUGAGAGAUAUACCAAGAAAAAGGUGAAGCAGACAAGCCCAACAAACAGAGUGUCUUCUAAGACAGGAAACAAAACCAAAGAAGACCUGCCAAAGCAACCAAGAGUAAAAGCAGCAAAGCAGAGGGGAAGCACAGAGUCUCCUGAUCGAUCAGGGGCUAGUAGUUCAGCAUCAGAAAGCUCCAGUACAAAGAUAGCCAGGUCUUACAUUCAGUAUCCCCGAGACUUACAGAGUGAAACACCUGGAGAAUCACAGCAGAUAAGUGAUGAUACACACUCUGAUUCCUCAGGGCACUACGAUGUUCAGCAAAGAGAGAUGGAUUUCAAUCGGAAUUUCACGGAUAGGAGUGAAGAGAGGGCCAUGAAAUACGAUCAGAUUGCUCAAUUUGUUGAAAAAUCAAUCACAGAGAAAGUAGGUGUGGUUGCUUCACACACGAGUCUAGACACCAUUCAAAGCCAAGACUCUCUAUCAAAGAGAGUUGCACUGCUGCUUUCAGCCACGUCUGGUUCUCCGGGGGAACUCUUGAAAGUGGAUGCCACCAAAAAGUCUCCUUCAGAAGACAGUGGAAGUUUUACAAGUGAAGCUGGCUCUCCAGAUAGUAUUGAGAACCUCCUGAGCUCUGACUCAAGCCGUAGAUUCAGAGAGGCAAAGCUUGGAAGUCAAACCCCUGACUCUGCCAGGACUGGCUCUUCAGAGAGUGUUGGAAGAGACUCCUUGGCUGACCGUGUAGAGGAGAACCUUGACGACUCCCAAACGCAAAGGAUAUCACAACUGUCUUUACAACCUAGAGUCCUGCAGGCCCCUUCUCCAACCAUAUCUGAUGCAAGUACCUCUAGCUCUGUCAGAGCAAUCAUCAACAGAGUUCUGCAUCAGAUACCGAAUGCUGAGGAUGCUAACCAACGUACGUCAGGGAGUUACAAAGCGAGUCCCUCAGGUGUGUCACUCACAACUUGGGAUGCCUAUGCUGAUCAGCAGUCCACAUCUCUGUCUAAGAGCAUGACUCUUCCUCUGGCUCCAUCCAACAGUAAUGACAGAAGUGAAUCCACUCCCCUACCCACACUGCCCCCUGGACUGGAACGUGCUGGAAGUUAUUCCACUGGAAAACCAGACAGUAUCAGAGAAGGAAUGAGUUACCAGUCUUCAGAUUCUCUAUCACGAAGGGUCCAACAACUUUUAGAUAACACAUCUCACAUGGUGACUGUUCCAGCCUCAAUAGAUGUUGCCAGAGUACCCCAAGCUGAUGCACGAGAUUCCAACAGUGUGAGAAUUGAGCCAGAGGGAACAAGUUCUUUCACAUCACAGAUAUCACUUGGACAAAGGGCAGGAAGCAGUGGGACAUCUCCAAGAGACCCGUAUGGUGAAAGCAUUGAGAGUAUGGACUCACUAGCCAGCAGAGUGAGGGCAAUUUUGCAACGAAACCCACCCCAGGAGCAUGUCUUGAGGAUCCUUCAGGAAGCUGCUGUUUUAGAUGCUGAACUGAGGUUGGCCGAGAUGCGGAGUCAAGAGCAGAGGUCAUUUACAGCUAGUCCCAGUUCCCAGACUUACAGCCAGAGUCUAGAUGAGGCUGGAAUGCCUUUAACUCAAUUUGGCGGGCCUCAAGAGGUCAGACCAUUUGGAGCUCUCAGCUAUGCACAGCAGCUGCUGGCAACUCAAGUGCAAAGAGCCUCAGACAGAACGUUUGAUCACAGUGUGGACUACCAAAAACAUUUGCAACCAAACAGACAGUAUGCUGACCAAAGCCAUUCCCAAAGCCUCCUGAAAAACCAAGGACAACCUCCUAAAGAGGCCUGGGUUGAAGAUGCAAAAGUAAAGACCUCACGGCAUGUUGCGUAUGGUCUCCUGCCUGGUCAGGCCAGGCAGCCUUAUUAUCUACACCAAGAAGAGCAGAGGCAACAGAUCCCUCAAGGAAAGCAAGCCGAUGAAAGCGACGAUGAAAACGAGGUUACUGAAAAGAAUGUCACAAUGCAUCGCUCCCACUCCUCUCCUGAAAUAGACCUGACCCAAUUCAACAGUCGCAAGCAUGCCAGGCAGAUCCCGGAAAAGCCCCAGUACACAGGGUCAUUGGAAAGAGCUAGCCGGAGGAGGAGUAGAGAAGCCAAAGAGAAAGCAAUGCAGUCCAGGAAAGGCCCACCUGUUAGUCCACUUGCUUCUCAAAGUGGUGGCAGCAGUAGGAUACCCAUAACAGCACGGGAGUAUCACCGCUCAACAUCCAGAGAAAGUGAUCAAACUAAGAGCCCCGAGAAGUCUCCACAGGAGUUUGGCCGUCUAGGUGCUUUGGCAUCUCCUAAGCAUGACAGGAGUAGUGCCAGUGAGAGAUUAUCGGGGAGUUUCUUGAGACCUUACAAACCACCUGGAGGCAGUGAAGUCCUGUAUACAUAUGCUGUGAACCAAGACAACACCUCCACACCCAGUAGUAAAACCACACAGGAGAGCAGUCACUUUGGAUCUGAUGAUGCACAGCCUCCACCCUUCCCUUCAAGUGUUUACGGCACCAGAGACAGCCCUCAGCACAGACGCUCCUUGGAACUCCCCGAGGCAGAUGCUGAAUUUAGACUCCAUGACCAGCCUUCUCAGAGCAGGCACUCCCCAGUACGGAGCCCUAAAUCCCCCGCGGGCCGAUCCAAGAUACCCACCUACAAGUCGAGAAACGGAGACAGGCCGGCGAGGUCCUACAUUGACUACCCCAGCGAUCUGAAGAGUGUCAGUCCAUCAGAAGCCCCACUGUCUAGUCCAGGAACCUACCAGUCUAAGCUUCCAGCUAAAUCGUACGCAGGAUACUCUCAAGAAGGGAGACUGACCCCUCCUGAUUAUCCCCAAAGCCAGGAUGCUGUAUCACCAAAGACAGGUCUUGUUAAAGCAAGUAGUCCUGAGGUAUCCAAAUACAGUUCAUACCAAGACCCAGAAUCCCCCAAACAGAGGUUUGGUUUUAAAUCACCGACAGCAAGUAGUUACACUAGUCGGAAAUCCCCAACCAGCAAGAUACCAGGGAAAGGUGCUGACCAUCCCGCAGGUCCAGACCUUACUUCCGUCACCCACCGAACGGAGCGCACCAUUCCAAGGAGACCAGACCCACAACAAAAGUCAAAUGAGAAGAGAAAGGAGUACCACCCACCAGCAUUCCUCCCCAAGCCAAUACUAGAUCAAGAGGAGCCUCCAAGAAGGAGGGGUCAUCCAACUGCUGGCCUAGAGGGUUUCAGACGUGGAGGCAAAUUCCAGUAUGGUACCCACAUGACUGACGCACCACCUGUGUCAGGUGCAUACAGUAGACAAGUUCUACAAGAAGUUCUUCAGGAGGAUGAAUCUGACCCUCACUUCCAGGAUGUUGCCACCAUUUGGGACGAGUACCAGCAGUACAAGGCAUCCCGGGCAGAGAACGGAGGCAGCCAAUCCAGUCUGGACACUGACAGAAUCCAGCAAGUUGCAAGCCUGAUCAGAGACCCUGCCAGACACGCCGUUACUAACUGGAUGCAAGAUGAAACUGACAGUGCUGAGGGUGGUUCAUCAUCCUCAGGCACACCAAGAGAAAGAAGAAAAUGGGACAAGGAGAGACCAUACACUCCACAGCGGCAGCCUCUUGAAGAUGAGCAAGAUGAACUUCUAACGGAUAGACACUACAGAAUUUCACCAGAAGAAGAAUUCCAGCUUCCUCAAGUGCAGACUAGGAGAGAAAGGCCCCCAACCUUAAUCCCCAUGGUGACAAAGACAGACAGCCAGCCCAGCAAAGCCUAUCAAGGUGAACCACCAAGAGAAACCGUCAGUGAGAGACGGGAGCCACAACAAGAAGAAGACAGGUCCCAAGACCUGAGCAUGGCUUCUUUUAUCUCUGACCUAAGCUUGGAGUCAGAUGAGCUGCUGCGGUUGCUGGGCGAGCAUGGCAUCCGGAAGCUCGGCUCCAAGCUGGCCAAGCUCCAACGCCGUAUAGAUCGACAACGGGAGCACCAUCGGAGGAGGAUGAGAGAGCAGGAGUCUAAAGCAGUGCCAUCAGAGACAGAACCAAAACAGAAAGAGGCACCAGUGAUGGCCAGCACACCAGCUGCCUCGUUACAAGACGAAGCUGUCAAGGAUAAGAGAGCAUUGAAACCUGCUGCACCUGUCACCUCAGCCUUGAGUCCAGUUCUGGAGACAAGUCGAGACGUGGAAUCCUCCCCAACAACCUCUGAGGAUACUCUGACAGAAGACAGGGAGGCUCGUCACUAUCAGAGAAGAGUCUUGCCUCAGGGACAUAAGGAUGACUUCCAGGUGGCAUACAGCAGCAGCAGUGACUUGCAGAGUGAUACCCUCUCAGAGGCGAGCAUUCCCUGUACCUGCCGCCCUCUCCAGGUGAAGAGAUCGCACUCCUGGCACGAUGUGGCGGGGAUGGAGCUGCCACCCCAAGAAGCUGUAGCUCACCAAGAUGACAGACGCAGGGAUGAUGAUAAUGGCAACUCUAAGAGGCCGUCUAGGAGUAACAGGGAGUCAAGGCUUCCCACUCGUAUUCCUCCAGCUAGACCAAGCAUCCAUCACGCAAAGAAAAGCUCACAACUACCACGGAAGACAAGGGGUACUGCCUUCACUGUGGACCUUGGUACACAGACAACUCCAAGCCUCACCAAGCAAAGAGCAGACAAGACCCAUAAAAGAGGUGCAGAGGUAGGUGGCAAGCACAACAUCUUCAAGCCGCCAAGGUCCAGCUCGGAGGCAAGCAGGGUGCGCAAAAACACACAACCUGCCAAGGUUGCACCGGCGCUGCCCACCCCUGUGGCCUGGUUCCAACCCUUUAGCAAGAAGAUGCCAUGGCAACAGACGGAACAGCGCAAACCACUCCGAGAUAGGCAGCCUUUUGCUGGGCAAGGCACACAACCACUGGCCAAGCUGACCCUACAGGAGGCCUUUGAGAGGAGUCGAUCGGACUUCAUUUCUCGUUCCCGGGAACGACAGAAGAAGAUCCGGCUGGCGGCCGAGGAGCGGGACAUGCAGAGAAGGUUUGAUGAGGAAAGAGAGAGGUUGUUCCAGGAUCAGCGAAGCAAGAAGCCCAACCCUCAGGCUCAUCCAUACAGUGAGCAACACCACAAGCCCAAGAAGAGACUGAUUUCCAAGAGGGAAAUGCGUGAACAAACUGAGAAGCUUUACAGUAGGCUGCCAGAAGUAGUUGAGAAGGAGAAAGCGAGGAGACGGCAGGCAGCUUACGAGACAAACAGGAUAAAGGCGCAGCUGUUCAGAAAGCAACUGAGUGAGCGUCUCAAGAACAAGCCGUGGACGGGAACAUAGCAGAAUCCAGGUGUUGACGAAUAUCAUCCGAUGCCCGGGAAAACAAAAACUACACGCUGGGCUACUGCUUCCGGUCAAGCAGCCAAGCUGGAGAGGCUACUAAUAUUUUGAAACUCUGGCGCAAACAGAAUGUGAAAUGAACUCACUUGUAGUUCACUGUUGGGUAAAUUUCGAGAUUGAGUCUCAAUAGGCCAGGAAGCGCCUUCACUAAAUGUCAUUUUGUAUCAGCCAUCAAGAGGCUGUGUACGUUGGUCAUUGUGUUUCAUGUUGAAUAUUGUGGUACUUGUACCGUGUCUGUGUAUUCAGAUGCCUCCAUUGUCUGAUGCGAUCUUCCACAUUAGACAAUGGAGGCAGUGGGCAAACUUUACCGUAGUCUUAAAAGUUGCAUAGUAGAAAGUAUACCAUAUGAAAAUGUCAUUCAGGAUGUAAAUUUAAAUUUAACAUGAAGAGUAUUCCAAAACUACUUCACCAUCAAUGCGUGAUUUUCUGCUACUUUGCCAAAACAAAACUUAUUUUCAGAUUGACAGAAUAGCAUUUACAGUAUACAUGUAUGAUCGUGGCAGAGUCUGCCUUUGUUUUUCAUUAUCUUGCCAAAGAAAAGUACUGCUUUUCAGGGUUAAACAUUUCAAAAUCUGACAAACCUUUCAGUUGAAGUUUCCAUUCGAGCAGAUUUUGAAGUCAUACUGCUUUUGCUUAAGUCUUUUCCACCAAUUUAAUUCUCUUCUGUUUUUCUUUCAGUCUGAGUUAGAUAUACUUCUUGCCAAUGCAUUUGACUAGUAACUUCAGAACUAUUCUAUCUUCAUGGUUACUGGACCAUUUUAUUUCAAAUUACACAUUCCAUUGAAACUUUCAGACGCUUUUUUAAUUCGUAGACACUUGAUAUGUAUUUUGUGAAGCUGUAUAGACACACCAUGAGCAUUUUUAGUACUCUUGAAAUCUGGACUUCUUUGAAAGCAAAGUGGGACUAUGUCUUUGCAUAUGUUCUUCAUUACUCCUUCAAUGUGUGUUUCUCUCUGUAAAUUGCACAUUUAUGGAGGAUAUUGUUGAGAAAGUGCUCUUCCAUUUGUCUGCAUUUCACAUUACUCCAGUUUUCAAUUAUUUAUGGUGUAACUUCCAUGUAUUCAUCCUCCCAUAUAGUCGAACACAGAUUAAGAAGAACACUGUGAAUACAAGGUCAGAUUUGUAACAAGGACAAUUCUAGGUCCCAAGUGUCUGUUUUUCUAUUGCUAAUGAUACAAGGUAACUAUUACAGGGAGGAAAUUUAUGAUGUCCCAAGGACCUUGUUAUAACUGUGCUCCACUGGUAAUAUUCAAAUAGGAAUUCAUUUCUAACGAGCUUCACAUCAACAAACUAGUCAAAGACAUGUACCUUUAUAACAAGGUCACUGGGAAUUUACUCGUAGUAUAAGAAGAGAUAAGCGAGACCCGGUGUCGGGAGAACAAAGAACACAAAGAUUAGGGGACCUACAAUUCCAGCAAAAAUAUCAUUUUUCAAAGUAUUCUUAGGGCCUUACUCUGAACAUGAAAGAAAUGUAUUGAAACAGGCUACAUUUGUUUUACUUUUAUUUAUUAAACUAGUUUCCUGGGGCCAAUAUAUUUAAAUUCUAACGAAAGUUUUGCCCGAAUUCAUAUUUAAAAAUAGGAUUUUUUCAAUAAAGACCUUUUUAUGCAAUUUCUCAUGAAGGACCUCUUAGCACUAACAUGGCAAAUCUUGUUAAAAUGUUGUAUUAACAAUGCUCUUAUAAUCUGUGUUUAACUGUACUUUACAAAAGUGCACUUUUGGAAAAAUUCUUGUCUAUGUUGAUAGGCCACUUUAAACUUCAACCUCCACUAACUAAACGAACAAAACCACAGAUACAAGUAGAUGUACUGAAUAUUCAUAUUUUGGUAUUUUGAAUAAGACAACUGCUGUUUCAGCAGUUAUCAAUCAUUUUUAGAAAGAAAUCAAAAUUCCAAUUAAAACUUUUCAAUACAAGAGGUCCCAACUUGGCUGAAUUACCAAGAAAAAUAUUUUAAAAUGAAAUAAAAAGGGCAAAUCACAUCAAGUGCAUUAAGGAUGACCCACAUUUAUGAUACUCUGACCUUUUAAAUAUCAAUGUAUAAUCAACAGAAGAUGCUGCCAAACAUGCCAUAUUGAGGGACUGACAGAAGUGCACUUGCUCACGUCCAUUUGAAAACUGAUGCAUUCAAGAAACUGUAAUAUCUCAUUUUUUGGUUCAAUAUUUUCUACUUACAUAACUUUGUAUAAUUUUGUAAGCAAUUUUUUCUUUCUGGGUGGCUUUUAAUAAGUGAAAUUUGGUUUUCCAAAAUGGUUGGAACUGUACAUUUUUGAGAGUAAAAAAAGUAUUGUAAAUUCCAAAUGACUUGAAAGUCUGCUAGCAAUGUUGUCAAUAUUGCUGUACAUUGCUAUGAAGCACGUUGCUCCAUAGAGUUAGUACUAUGUGUAGUUAUAUAUAUACUUAAAGAAUGCCAGGUGUCUUUUUGUGUGUGGUCGAAAUAUUAAACAGCUAGAAUUUACAAGUUA